AUGGAUACAAAUCAUCCAACUGCAACAUCAUCGUCUGGAGUCACAGAUGAUGCCACAAGAAUAGAAAUUAAUGAUAGGCAACAUAGUCCCGGAAAGGAUGAUCAUCAUAAUACUAAUUUAAAUACUGGAAAUAGCAGUAGUAAUGUGAAAUCAUUGUUAAAUUCAGAUCCAGCAACUGCUGAAUCUGUUCCUGUGAAAAAUCAAAUUACUUUAAGAUCACAAAUUAUGGAGGAGUUUGGUAUUAAUUCUGCAAGUGUAGCAGGUAAAGAUAAUAUAGAUCCAGAUGCAUUCAAUACUCUUGUACAGAUACGACUUAUUAAAGAAAGAAAGGCAAUAGAAACAAUGAGAAAAGAAAAUUUAAUAAUGUUAAAUGAUUUAGUAGAUAAAUGUAUUUCGAAUGAUAAAUUUGACGAAACUAAUAUUAAUAAAUUAUUGGAUAUUAUUAUUGAAAAACGAGCUACAAAUAUGUCAACAAUAAGAUCAAGACAAGAUACACUGAUGUCACCAAUGAUAAAGAAAAGAAGAAUACAAUCACCACAUAUGUCUGCAACAAAACAAUCUACUGAAUAUCGUGGACAAAACUCAGAUUUACAUGCUAUUAAUGAAACGGAUGCUGGCCAAUCUGAAACUGACCAAUUUCAAUCUGUUGCCCAAUCAUAUAAAUUACCUGUGCCUCCACCUACAUUACAUCAACAAAAUAUCGGUAAUACACCUGGUGGUGGUGGUGGUGGUGGUGCAGUAUGGACAUCUCAAUAUCAAAAUCCAUCGUUACAACCACCAUACAUGUAUCAGACAGGUGCUGCGGGCAGUAUGCAAGGAAACUUAGGACCUCCAGCACAUCUAAUGAAUGACCCACAUUACCAACAACAGGGUAUGAUGACAUCAACAUAUGACCCUCAGAUGGGGAAACAAUAUUUAGAACCGCCACAGUAUAUACAAAAUUAUCCACAAGGUGGUUAUUAUCCACCUAAUGGUAGAGUAAUGAAUAGUGUGAAUGAACAAGCAUAUCCAGGGAUACCGCAAGGUCAUGCUACAACUAUAGGUCAACAACACUCACCCUACAGGGGUAAUAUAGCAACAGCAUCUGGUCAAACAGGCCGGAAAGGUCAUAGGAGAACACAAAGUGCUAUUGUAUCUAUGCCAAAUGAAUUAAAAUCACCUAGUCGUAGUGUACCACAAAGACCAGUGAAUUUCUUAAUACAUACACCAAAGCAUCCUCCUCCAACAUAG